GGCAGUAUUCUUUGGAGAUGGACAGAGAGCAGAUUGCAGUUACAGCAGACAAGGAAAUAAACCCUUUUUGAUCUUCCUGGUUAACACCCAAACGGGGAAGACCUGCCCUUUUAAAGUCUUUAUUUUCCUCCACCUGGGAAUGAGGUAGAUGCUGACAGCAGCAGCCAGUGAGCAGGGAGCAGAUUUGCAUGAAGGGGCCGUUCUCGGGCCCUGGGGGUUUAAGAGAGAAUCGCAGGGUUCCAGCCUGAGACCCGUUUGCCUCUGGAAGCCGAGCUCGUCUAGAUUCCCGACCAUGGCCUGGGCCUCUCUGCUCCUCACGCUGCUCACUUACUGCUCGGGGUCCCUCUCCCAGUUUACUUUGACUCAGCCGCCCGCAGUGUCGGUGUCCAUUGGCAACACAGUUAAACUCUCCUGCGCCAUGAGCAGUGGAUACGCAUUUGGAAGUGUUGCCUGGUACCAGCAAAAAAAUGGGAACAUCCCAAGAUACCUUCUGAGGUACAAAACUGACUCGGACAAGCACCAGGGCUCUGAGGUCCCCAGUCGCUUCUCUGGUUCCAAAGACGCCUCUAAUAAAAUCGGCUACUUAACCAUCACCAGCGCCGAGGCAGAAGAUGAGGCUGAUUAUUACUGUGCUGCAGGGAGUGCACAGCGAUGCAGGCAAAUGGGGAACUCAGACACAAACCUCCCACUUCUGUCCUUCAACCUCUGCCCAGCACGAGUUCAUCCUGUGUCACUAAGUUACUGCUGCUGUUCUGUGGGCUCAUUGGGCCAGUCCCCUGUGACAGUAUCUCAUGAGCUUUACCACUUUCUGACUAGUUCAUACCAAAUCUUCUUCCCAUUGGAACCAGUUGAUGUUUGGCCUUUCACUUUGGUAGAGCCAGGAUCUGACCCUUAAUACAAUCUUAGUCCUUAGUUUGGGUAAACUAUCAUUCUAAAAAAAAAUCAUUAAACUUUUUAAAACCUGCUUCCCAAAUAUGUGCGGUGAGCUAAGGCCAUUACAGUUAAACACAAGUUUGUAAUUAAAUGGAGACCCAGUGAGAUUUUUAGAAUGAACAGCUGGGAGUUAGAUCCCAGACGUUUCACACAUACGCUGCCAGGGUGGAAAAAGAAGAGUCCAUCAGCGUAAGAAAAGUCUCAUUAGGAAAGUGUGAGCCUGCGAAUGAUUGUGUUAAUAGAGAUCAAAGCCUCACUGGGACCCACUGAGUAGAAAGAUCCCUUCCCCUGCAUGCCCCCUCCCCUCCAGAACCCUGCCCUGUACUUGUCUGAUGAGUUACAGAGGGUUCCUGGGUCCAUGAUGUCUCUACAUGUAAAAUAUUAACACGCAAGUGGAGUCUGAAGGUAGCUACAUUCCUAAGGCUAAACCUGAGCUGCGUGCAGCUGGGAACUGGAAUGAAUCUCUCCUUAAACUCCAGGGCCUGGAGAGAAUAAAAUGUGAUUUGAGAUGCACCUGGAUUUUCCCCAUCUACGCUGCUGCGUGUGGUUCAGUUCUGACUGG